AUGCCGGCCAGCUUGCUACCUUCUUCUUCAUAUAGAUCACAUGAGCACAAAAAUUCUCUUGAUUUUGGUUCUUCUGCUAAACCAGAAAAAUCAGCUCCAUCUGCUUCUAAUAUAACUAUCCAAAGGCACCUGAAAAAUGUCUCACGAUAUAAAGCCUCAGAAGCGCCGAUUCUUUGUUCUGGCUGUGGGGCAAGGACUGAACUGUAUAUCAAGGAUUCCAUGAGAUUCAAUUUUUCUGAGAUUCAGUUGGCCACAGAUGAUUUUUCGAAGGAUAACUUGCUAGGAGAAGGAGGUUAUGGCCAUGUAUAUAAAGGUAAACUACAAGAUGGGCAGCAAAUUGCAGCAAAGGUACGCAAAGAAGCAAGCACGCAAGGAUUUACAGAAUUUCAAUCUGAGGUAUAUGUGUUAAAUUUUGCCCGUCACAAGAACAUUGUAAUGCUAUUGGGUUUUUGCUGCAAGGAGAACCUUAACAUUUUGGUUUACGAGUAUAUUUGCAACAAGUCCUUAUAUUGGCAUUUAUUUGAUAAAACUGAAAAUAUGCUUGAGUGGCACCAAAGACUUGCUAUUGCCAUUGGAACUGCUAAAGGGUUGCGUUUUCUGCAUGAAGAGUGUCGUGGCGGUCCUAUCAUACAUCGAGACAUGCGACCAUGCAAUAUACUUCUCACACAUGACUUUGUUCCAAUGCUUGGAGAUUUUGGCCUUGCAAGAUGGAAAACUGGCGAUGACCCUGAGCAGACAAGGGUGCUUGGCACACUUGGAUACCUUGCUCCAGAGUACGCAGAGAAUGGUAUAGUUUCUGUAAGAACAGAUGUCUAUGCAUUUGGCGUUGUUCUCUUGCAACUAAUAUCAGGACGCAAAGUAGUUGAUGAGAAAAGGGAGGAAGGAAAACAAUCCAUUAGACAGUGGGCAAAACCACUGAUUGAGCGCCUUGCACUACAUGAACUCAUUGACCCUCGUAUUGGAGAUACAUAUGAUACAUAUGAAUUGUACCUCAUGGCUAAAACAGCUUACUUGUGUGUGCAAAGAAGCCCUGAAAUGCGACCAUCGAUGGGCGAGGUGGUGCGCUUUCUUGAAGCAGAAAGUGACUAUGCCCAGCAUUUGGGGGAGCGAUUUGCACGUCAUUAUGCAAAGCGAUAAGGAUGAUAAUGGUACACAUAUUUUAUGCUCCCUUAUUUUCACUAUUUAU